ACAAGCAGCGGGUGGAGAGCUGGAGAAAACGGCCGAGCGUAACGAUGGAGCAUGUUUAAAAGAUAACAGCGGGUCGGUCAGCGAAGAAAAUUAAACAAAGUCCAUGACCAAAGAGACAAGACCGGCCACGAGCAACGCAGACCCGACAACCACCAUGCAAUUCAAAUACAGACGAAUUUGAGCAACGGCUUCUUCUUCUUCUCCGACUUCUUCAAGGUUAACACCGCAGAUCAGCUGGCGUGCGUUGAACCCCCAUCAUGUCCGUGGAGGAGCAGGGUUUCCCCGACGCGAUGCUGCUGCUGAAGGCCGGGCCCGAGUGGCUGCGGGCUGAGGUCGAGCGUCUCUCCCGGGAGCUGACGGAGACCACCAACGAGAAGAUCCAGGCUGCGGAGUACGGGCUGGCGGUGCUGGAGGAGAAGCAGCAGCUCAAACAGCAGUACGAGGACAUGGAGGUGGAGUACGAGGCCGUGAGACAGGAGCUCGACCAACUCAAAGAGGCCUUUGGACAAGCGUAUACCAACCACAGGAAGGUGGCAGCAGAUGGGGAGAGUCGCGAAGAGUCUCUGAUCCAGGAGUCGGCCUGUAAGGAAGCCUACUACGAGCAGAGAGUCCUGGAGUUGCAGAACGAGCUCCGGCAGACACGAAACAUCCUCGACAACACCCAGUCUGAGAAUGAGCACCUUGUUGCCGUCUCCCAAGACAUGAACGAGAACAGCCAAAUGGUGGAGCUCCAGAGAAAUCAGCUGCGGGAUGACAUCAAGGAGUACAAGUUCCGGGAGAGUCGACUGCUGCAGGACUACACAGAGCUGGAGGAGGAGAACAUCUCGCUGCAGAAACAGGUCUCCAUGCUCAAACAGAGUCAGGUGGAGUUCGAGGGUUUAAAGCAUGAGAUCCGUCGUCUGGAGGAGGACACCCAGUUUCUGAACAGCCAGUUGGAGGAUGCCAUUCGCCUGAAGGAAAUCGCUGAGCGGCAGUUGGGAGAGGCUCUGGAGACCAUCAAAACCGAGCGAGAGCUCAAGGCGUCCCUGAGGAAAGAGCUCUCCCACUACAUGAGCAUUGGAGACUCUCUGUACCACAGUCCUCUCAGCCUUUCUCUGGAUGGUCUCAAGUUCAGCGACGAUGCGGCCACCGAACCCAACAACGACGAGGCUCUGCACGGAUACGAAAAUGGCUUCAGCAAACUUGCCAGUACCAUCACUGACGACAACCGCAUGUCCGAGCCCAAGAAGGAGGCGCUCUUCCACCCUGCGCCCAGCCUGGUGGACGACAUACUGAGCGAGCUGAACAUCUCAGAGAUCCAGAAGCUCAAACAGCAGCUGAUGCAGAUGGAACGGGAGAAGGUCAACCUGCUGUCCAAUCUGCAGGACUCCCAGAAACAGCUUGAGCAGGCUAACGGGGCUCUGUCAGAUCAUCAGGAGAAAGUCAACCGCCUCACAGAGAACCUCAACGCUAUCCGCAAGAUCCAGGCCAGCAAAGAGCGCCAGUCCGCUCUGGACAACGAGAAAGAACGUGACAGCCACGAGGACGGAGACUACUACGAGGUGGACAUCAACGGACCUGAAAUCCUGGAGUGCAAGUACAAGGUGGCUGUGUCUGAAGCAGGAGAGCUGAAGGAGGAACUGAAGACUCUAAAAACAGAAUACCAGGCCUGUCAGUCACGUUACGAAGAGGAGCGCACCCGUCUGGAGCAUGAGGUCACCACUCUGGGAGAUAAACUGGCCACACUGGAGAAGACGAGCCAUGUGGAGAGGGAGGAGAAGGCCAAGAUGGAGAAGGAGCUGCGCAAGUUGAGCGACGUUGCAGGCGAGUCCCAAGGUAGCCUGAGUGUGGCUCAGGAUGAGCUGGUAACCUUCAGCGAGGAGCUGGCCACCCUCUACAACCACGUCUGCAUGUGCAACAACGAGACGCCCAACCGUGUCAUGCUCGACUUCUACAAAGAGGGGAAGGGUGGCCGGAACAGCCCGGAAGGCCGUGGUCGCCGCUCUCCCAUUCUGCUCACCAAGGGCCUCUUCCCAGAGCCUUACAAGACCGACGCCAGCGACGGAGCCCUCUCACCAGGCUCCUCCAUACCUUCUCCUGUAUCUGAUCACCGGCGCGAGCCCAUGAACAUCUACAAUCUGGUGGCUAUCAUCAGAGACCAGAUCAAACACCUUCAGCUGGCUGUGGAUCGCACCACGGAGCUGUCGCGCCAGAGGGUGGCCUCGCUCGAGCUCGGCACCGUGGCCGACAAGGACAAGGAGGCCUGCAUGGAGGAGAUCCUCAAGCUGAAGUCUCUGCUCAGCACCAAGCGGGAGCAGAUUGCCACUCUGCGCACCGUGCUCAAGGCCAACAAGCAGACAGCUGAAGUUGCUCUGGCCAAUCUGAAGAGCAAGUAUGAGAAUGAGAAGGCCAUGGUGACAGAGACCAUGAUGAAACUGAGGAACGAGCUGAAAGCUCUGAAGGAAGACGCCGCCACCUUCUCUUCACUCCGAGCCAUGUUUGCCACACGUUGCGAUGAAUACGUCACCCAGCUGGAGGCCAUGCAGAGGCAGCUGGCUGCAGCCGAGGAUGAAAAGAAGACCUUGAACUCUCUGCUGCGGAUGGCCAUCCAGCAGAAGCUGGCCCUGACGCAGCGUCUGGAAGACCUGGAGUUCGACCACGAGCAGACCCGCCGAGGAGGCGGCGCAGGCCGCGCCAAGGUGCGCAACAGGCCCGUCGGCAACAAACCCCACGUAAGUCAGAGUCUCACGUGCUCCAGCUCCAGCCGGCCGGAGCCCAACAACGCUCUGCCCAACGGCAUUCUGGGAGGCCCCGUCGUCUUCUGCAGCGAGAAGUACAAGAUCUACUGCGACUGAGAGGCGGCUGAAACGCCUGCAUGGACUGCUGUGUACAGAGGG